CGCCCAGCAUCUCUUCCCAAAACCUUCCCAACUCGCUCUUCUGCCAUUUGCUUGCUAACUCUUGUUUCCUGCUACCGAGGCGUUUUCAUCCCCUCUCUUCUAUACACCUUCCGCACCAAAAGAAUACCCAUAGUCGAGCCGCUUCACCACCGAAUUCCUUCAUCAUGGCCGACCUCAGCUCCGCCGCAGCUUCCAUGGAGCUCAAGGAGAACACCGUCAUCGUCGUUCUCGGUGCCUCCGGAGAUUUGGCGAAGAAGAAGACCUACCCUGCGUUGUUUGGUCUGUACCGAAACCAGUUUCUCCCCAAGGACAUCAAGAUUGUCGGAUAUGCGCGGACAAAGAUGGACCACGAGGAAUACAUCCGCCGCAUCAGAUCUUACAUGAAGACACCCACGAAGGAGAUUGAGCAGCAGCUCAACGACUUCUGCAACCUCUGCACCUACGUUUCCGGCCAGUACGACAAGGACGACUCAUUCCUUAACCUGACCCGACAUCUCGAAGACCUUGAGCAGGGCAAGCCUGAGACUCACCGUCUCUUCUAUAUGGCUCUCCCCCCCAGUGUCUUCACCAUUGUCUCUCAGCACCUGAAGAAGUGCUGCUACCCCACCAAGGGUAUUGCGCGCGUUGUUAUUGAGAAGCCUUUCGGCAAGGACCUUGCCAGCUCCCGCGAGCUGCAGAAGUCUUUGGAGCCCGACUGGAAGGAGGAUGAGCUCUACCGCAUUGAUCACUACCUCGGCAAGGAGAUGGUCAAGAACAUUCUUAUCCUCCGCUUCGGCAACUCCUUCUUCGGUUCCACCUGGAACAGACAGAACAUCGACAACGUUCAGAUCUCCUUCAAGGAGCCCUUCGGCACCGAGGGCCGUGGCGGCUACUUCGACGAGUUUGGCAUCAUCCGCGACGUCAUGCAGAACCACUUGCUUCAGGUUCUCACCUUGCUCGCCAUGGAGCGUCCUAUCUCCUUCGCCUCUGAGGAUAUCCGUGACGAAAAGGUCCGCGUUCUCCGCGCCAUGACCGCCAUUGAGCCCAAGAACGUCAUCAUCGGCCAGUACGGCAAGUCUUUGGACGGCAGCAAGCCCUCAUACAAGGAGGACGAUACUGUCCCUAAAGAUUCCAGGUGUCCCACUUUCUGUGCCCUCGUCGCCUACAUCAAGAACGAGCGCUGGGACGGCGUUCCCUUCAUAAUGAAGGCCGGCAAGGCUCUCAACGAGCAGAAGACCGAGAUCCGUAUCCAGUUCAAGGACGUCACCUCGGGCAUUUUUAAGGACAUUCCCCGCAACGAACUUGUCAUGCGCAUUCAGCCCAACGAGAGUGUCUAUGUCAAGAUGAACUCCAAGCUGCCUGGUCUCAGUAUGCAGACUGUGGUUACCGAGCUUGACCUGACCUACCGUCGCCGCUUCUCUGAUCUCAAGAUCCCCGAGGCCUACGAGUCGCUGAUUCUGGACUGCCUCAAGGGCGACCACUCCAACUUCGUCCGCGAUGACGAGCUGGAUGCCAGCUGGAGAAUCUUCACUCCUCUUCUCCACUACCUGGACGACAACAAGGAGAUCAUUCCCAUGGAAUACCCCUAUGGAUCCCGUGGCCCCGCAGUUCUCGAUGACUUCACUUCUUCCUAUGGAUACAAAUUCAGUGAUGCGGCCGGAUACCAGUGGCCUACAACCUCUGCUCAAGCUGCCCCCAACAAGUUCUGAGCACCUACACCCCUAUCAUACCAACUCCAAUACAAAAACAACCCAUGCCUCAGCCAUGUAUCUGCGAUAUCCCCUGCACUACUACUUUUGCUGCAUGCGCAACGUAUUAUAUCCAUCGACGGGAGGGUGCCAAUCUCAAAGGAGAUCACAUAAACAAGGGAAGCCAGGGGGAAACCUACGGGCGAAUACUGGUAGGAAGAUGGAAUUUUCCUUGCUUUACUUGGCUGGGUCAAGGAGGAUAGAAAAUCAAUGAGAUUCACGUUUCCAAU